GAAGUAACUGAUAAAGUUAUUGUCGUCUGACAAGAGUCAGGUCACGAGUCCAAGACGUUGAAAUAGUGCUUGCAAAAAUGGAAAGUGAAGUUGCGUUCAGUAGAUUUUUGUGAUCCGACACUUUCCGUACUCCGUACAUAACGGGAGUUAUAGCACACCCAAUUACUUUUUUUUAGUAUAAAUAUAUACUUCUGCUCUAUACUUUCAGACAUCAGAUGCUUUAGGGACCCUGCUUUUUUGUUCCCCCUCAAUUUAUUUUUUCUAAUUUUAGCUCCAAACACAAAAUACACAGCUAGCUAAAUUUAUACUGCAAAAUUUCAACAAAAAUAAUUUCAUUUGACAUUUUUUUUCCCUUCAGAAUCAUUGCUAUUCCAGGAUGGUAAAAAGGGCAAUGCAACUAUGGUUACAUGCAAUAAUUACUUUGCUAAUUGUUUUAAUUAGUGAAGGUCAUCCAGUUGAUAUUACUUAUCUAGAGAGUGCAGUAGCUAAAGGAGCUGUAUGUUUGGAUGGGAGUCCGCCAGCAUACCAUUUUGAUAAAGGAUUUGGAGCAGGUGUUAACAAUUGGUUCAUCCAACUUGAGGGAGGAGCAUGGUGCAACAACGCCACAACUUGCCUUGCUCGUACAAAAACACGAUUGGGAUCAUCAAAACUGAUGGUAAAGACAGUGUCCUUCUCGGGGAUUUUGAGCAACAAGGCGAAGUUUAAUCCAGACUUUUACAACUGGAACAGAAUUAGAAUUAGAUAUUGCGAUGGAUCAUCCUUUACUGGUGACGUUGAAGCAGUCGAUCCAAAAACCAAAGUAUUCUACAGAGGAGCCAGGAUUUUUUCAGCUGUUAUGGAGGAUUUCUUGGCUAAAGGAAUGAAGAAUGCUCAGAAUGCUAUUCUUGGGGGAUGUUCAGCUGGUAGUUUGGCUGCGAUUCUACAUUGUGAUAGAUUUAAAGGUCUACUUCCACCUGGUGCUAAAGUCAAAUGUCUCUCAGAUGCUGGUUUCUUUAUCAAUACGCAGACUAUUGCCGGUACCUCUCAUAUUGAACAGUUCUACAAUGAAGUUGCUAAUACACAUGGUUCCACGAAGAAUUUGCCUCAAUCGUGUACCUCAAGACUGAAACCGGGAUUGUGCUUUUUCCCACAAAACGUUGCGCAACAAAUCCAGACACCACUUUUCCUAGUAAAUGCAGCCUAUGAUUCCUGGCAGAUAAAGAACAUUUUAGCUCCCGGUGUUGCUGAUCCUCAUGGAACUUGGCGCAACUGCAAGCUUGACAUACUGAAAUGCUCGUCUUCUCAGCUCCAAACCAUGCAAGCCUUUAGGUCAGAGUUCUUGAAAGCGUUGAAUUCACUCGGCCCUUCCUCGACAAGAGGGUAUUACAUCAAUUCCUGUUAUGCACACUGUCAAACUGGAACACAAGAGACAUGGAUGAGGGACGACUCGCCAGUAUUAUCUGGCACGACAAUUGCCAAAGCAGUUGGAGAUUGGUAUUACGACAGAAAACGGUUCCAAGAGAUUGAUUGUCCUUACCCCUGUAACAAAACCUGCAAGAACCGGAAUUUUGAAUCGGAUGCUAGCAAGGACGAUACCGAAGACUAAUAGAAAUUUUUUCUCUUAGAUUGUUAUACAUAGUUUACAAAAUUUUCCACAAGGGAGAAAGAGAAAAUAUGGAAUUAAAGGUGUGCAUCGAUUAUAUUGCAAUAAGGGAAAGCCAACAAUGCACAAAAUUGUGUUUUGGUUUCCUAGUAGAAACUGUUUUGUAUCAUUUUGUUUGAGGUUAAUAUUAUGUAUCUUGUUAUAAUGUAAAAGUCAAUAAUUAUAGUGCUAUAUUGACAUCCUUUACAACUCAGAAAGUUGACAAAGGGUAUCAUGGUUCAACUUAACUAAACAUUCUUGGUGCA